AAGUGUAGCACGCAUACAUCUGCGACAGAGUGUUGUAAACUUUCAAUGACGCUAGUGAAUGACAGCGAUACCAAAACUGUAACAUCCUAGUUUUUCCGUACCAGAGGAGCUAAUAUGCGUUGGCCAUCGUUUUCACUUAUACUAUCUGGUGUUUUCCUGGGAUAUAUUUCAUAUUCAGUGUGGUCAUUAGCGCAGUUGUUUGUGCCACCGGCAUGUGGUAAAGGCGAACGUUGCAUUCCGUCAUUUCUAAGAAGUAAACCUAAAUUACAUCUGGCAUUGUUCACAUCAGUGAAACCUCACCCAAGUUUAAAAGAUGUGAAAUUCGUUGAAUCAUGGCGUGACUUCAAUUACACUUUUCCAAAGGCAAAGGAAUUGAAUUUAACCAUACCAUUGAGCACUCGGCAGAAUGGAUCUAUGUACCUGCAUCUGCUGCUAACUCAAGAAAAAGAACAUGAUAAUUUUUUUAAGUUACACCAGACUCCAACAACAGUCUACACAAAAAUUCGACUAACACAGUAUCAUGUGCCUGAAGCAGCGACAUUUCAGCUUCUAGGGAGUAAGGAAAACAAGAUUGACGAAAACAUCAGUGGAAAAUCUAUUAGACCUGUGGCUCAUCUAAAAUCAAGAAUAACAUUUAAUAUAUUAACUGAUGACAUCAAAUUUCCUGUGAAGAACUUGCCACCGGAAAUUGCACAGCUUCUAGUUUUGAACUCUCGGGGAGAAUUCCUUCCAAUAAUUCAGUAUGAUUUCCUCAACAAUCGCUUACGUGAUCUAGUUGUCAUCGGCAAGAAUGAUACUAUUAUGAUGACUACACUAGCAUAUGCUCCUGUAUCUACUGGAAAACUGAGAGUGAUGCAGCACAUUGAAACUGCUUUACGGUCAUUAAUGUCUUUUGGUUUUAAUGAAAAGGAUGUAGAUGAGGUAAAAGGAAUAUUUGCCGAUACAAAUAUGUACCUUCUCUGCAUUACUGUGUUUGUGGCUGCUGUUCAUCUGUUGUUUGACUUUUUAGCUUUCAAAAAUGAUGUCACAUUUUGGCGCCACAAACAAAACUUUGCUGGCUUGUCAGUUAGAACAGUAGUUUGGCGAGCUUUCAGCCACAUUAUUGUGUUCCUAUACAUGAUGGAUGAAAAGACAUCAUUACUAGUCCUGAUUCCUUCUGGCAUUGCAACAGUAAUUGAGCUAUGGAAAGCACAGAAGGUUAUUUAUGUGGAAGUAACAUUUAGUCAGUUACAUUUACCUUGCUUGAGGUUCACGUCAAAAGGGUCAUCUGCUGCUGAACAGAAGACCCAAGAAUUUGAUGCAGAAAUUAUGAGAUAUUUAUCAUACAUAUUGUAUCCCUGCUGCAUUCUAGGAGCAAUAUAUUCAUUGCUGUAUGUGCCACACAAAAGUUGGUAUUCCUGGAGUAUUCAUAGUCUUGUGAAUGGUGUGUACGUCUUUGGAUUUCUAUUUAUGCUGCCUCAGUUGUUUGUUAAUUAUAAACUGAAAUCCGUUGCACACCUGCCAUGGAGAGCCUUCAUGUACAAGGCAUUCAACACAUUUAUUGAUGACCUAUUUGCAUUUAUCAUAACGAUGCCAACAGCUCAUCGAGUUGCCUGUUUCAGAGAUGAUAUCGUCUUCCUCGUGUAUUUAUAUCAAAGAUGGCUAUAUCCAGUAGACAAAACUCGUGUGGAUGGGACGCUAGUUACAGAUGAAAAGAAGCAUGAAUAAGAAUACUCUUACAGCUGCAUUAAGUUCUAUAACAAGAAAGUAAAUGCUCACAGAACCUAAUUUGAAUUAUCAUCAUACCAGAGUGAGGAAGAAUUAAUUUCUUUCCACCCAAAAGCAGAAGCUUUUCAUAAUGUUGUGUAAGAACAGGGUAAAUAAGACAGAAAACUUUUCAGGCUUAAGUCACUGAAGCUACGUAUUUGUUACUGUAUCAAAUGUUGUUCUGCACACCCUAAGGAAAUCCAUUAAAAAUGAUUCUACACUUGAA